AAUCAAGUAGAGAAAUGAAAGUGAGAAUAAAUACAGAAUUUAUACUUAAUUGACUGAAGGAAAGAAGAACCAUGCUAGGGAUUAUCCAUAAACAAUUUGAGAAUAAGAUGAGGGAACUGAUUGUAAAGAGGAAACACAGAUUACACAAGAUAAAACAAAAAAAGAAACGAAGGAGGAACAGAAAAAUAAAAAAUGCUGUUAUUACAUCCGUGGACAUAAAAUCAGAUGGACAUUUAAUUCCAAGUGAUGGGGAUUUAUCACACAGUGAGCAAGAAAAUUCAGAAGACAAUGGACAAUCAGAAUUAGUGACUGGCCAUCCAGAUGAAGCUAAAUUUGACAGUGAGAAUGACUCAAUGAAGUAUAAUUAUUUACAGCUUUCUGAAUUGCAAAAAAAGGAAUUCCUUCAUUCUGUCGUGGUGAAUUCAGUGUCUUUAAAGAAGUCACUAAACGCAGAUAUUACUGAAGAUGUAUCACUAUCAAUUACUCUUAAUGAAAAUAUAGGUGGCCAAUUAUCCAAUUGUCAUUUAUCAAAUGGGAUCAAAAGCAUAUCGCUUGCAGAAAGUGACAAUAACACUUUAGAUCAUAGUCAACAUUCAUUUCAACAAUCAGAUCAAAAUGAUGCAAGAAAAAAUACUGUAUUGACUGAAAAAGAAAACAAAAAUACAUCUGUUGAAAACUUGGUCCAGGGAAACCAAAAGUUAAGCAAUGAAGAGGAAACAACUCUUCCACAUCCACAUGGAACUUCAAAAAGUAAUGAAAUGAAUUCCUGGGCUUUCUUUUCCUUUGAUUUGGUUGAUGAACAAUUUCAGACCAAGACAGAGAAAAAUGAAUCCUGUUUGAUUUGGCCUGAGGAUGUAUCUAAAAUGUUUCAGCAAAGACCAAAAAAGGUCAAAAGGCCUAAGAAGAUGCUUUCAGAUGCAACAACAGAAAUAACUGAUUAUAAUUCUAGUAAAGAAUUAGUGAAGGAAAACAGUGGAAAACUUCUGCAUGAAAGUAACAAUACAACAAAUAGGCCUUUGUCAUUAUUGCUAAUGGAAAAUAAGAUAUGUGAUAAUGCUAGUGAAUUUGUCAGAGGAAGUGGAAAGAAAGCCAGUUUCACAACUGAUGAAUGUAUAUUAGCUUUACCAAAGAAAAAAGAGAAAUAUAAAAGGAUCUUCAAAUUGGCCCCAAACUUUGAUUUACCACGGCAUAUUCCUCCUAAAAAGAAUCAGAAAGUGCUAAACAAUAUAGAUACAGUAACAGAGAAAGAAGGCAUUUCAAAUAAAGACAUUCUAGAAAAGAACAAACAAUGCUGUGAACUUCAAGCAUCCAAUUACAAUGCAGUAGUUGAAUUUUCUGAUUUUGAUGUGGAACUUCCCUUACACAAUGGUUCCAAUCAACUUGCAGACGAAUCUGUGAAUAUUUCAACAAAAGAAUCUGAUACUCCAAUUCAUGAAUGUACUUUUGUUUCGUGUAAAGCUUCCUCACCAAGUGAGCAAGAAUUGUUUGAAUGUGAUGUAACAAUAGAAAUUAAAGAAAAGGAAAAGAUAUCUCCAGAUAUUUCAACUACUCAGCCAGAUAUUUUGCAUUCAGUUAAACUAAUUACUGAAUGCCUUACAAACACUAUGGCUGAACCUUUUGAAAAUAUGGAAGUUAUUAAUGAACGUGAACAAAAAGUAAAUUCUCAGAUCAAAGAUGUUCAAGAUUCCGCAUAUACAAAAUCCAGUAAUAUGGAGCUUCCUUUAUCACUAAGAUUUGCACUUCAACUAGUAGAACUUUUCGGUUCUCCAGGAGUUCCAUUAGAUAUUUUAUCGCCAGAUGAUUAUGUAGUUCCUCUUGACUGGGAAAUAUCAAAGGAGAUCUAUUUACAAUGGAAGACAUCUGUGGAGAAGAAACAGGAAAAUAACCUACUGAAAGAGAAUUCCUUGCUCGUUGCUGCAGCUGCUCUCCAGGGUUCAAAUAAGGAUGGUCAAGAAAGAAAAUCUUCAGAGAUAAAACCAAAAAUGUCUUUUGGAGAAUCAUCAUUGCUCUGAAAAAAUUGUUUCAAGCUACAUAAUCCAAGCAAUAAUGCUAGCUUCUCUGAAAUUUUAUUUAAAAACAAUCAACCUUUUUUUUUGGAGAAAGAAUGUGCUUGCUUUUUGGCUUUCCCUCCGGUGGACCAUCUAGAAUAAAAGUAAACUUCAAGAAUCAGCAAAAGUACAAAGCAUCAAACUUUUUGAAUCCCUAUCUGAGUCACCUGCUGCUUUUGAAUUUCAUUUUCAAAUAAAAUUGUGAAGAGUGA